GGUCAACAAGGAGAUGUUCGAGCACAUCAAGGAUCUUGUGGAAGCGGAUGAUUCGGGUCCAAGGGUGUGGAAACUACUACGCGAUGUGAUUCAGCCCAACACUCUCCCGAUGGUGAUCGUGCUCAAGAAGGAACUUGCUGCCAUCUCCAUGCGACCAGGGGACGAAGUGAAGCCGGUCCUUGACAAGAUCAAGGACACCUAUGCAAGGAUGGCAGCAGCGGACAGCAGUGUAUCUCAGCUGCAGCAGUGCACCAAGAUCAUCUUGGUCGGGCAUCCUUGGUUCAAGUGCUUCAGCAGGCCGGAGGGAUGGGCACCUCCAGGCAUGAAGCCGCCAAGUGGUGAACGCGCACAAGGUGGCGCUGUGCAAGGCUCAGGUGCACAAGGGUGAUGUGGGAUCUGUGGGAAAGGUUGUGAUGCACCCUCUCACACACUGGGUGAUUGAUUCAGGUUGCACCAGUCACAUGACCCCACGGGCAGAUUUGCUUGAUGAGAAGUUGGUGAAGGAUGGGAGCCUGAAGGGCUUGGAGGUGAAAGGGGGAGUGAAGGAGAUUGGGAGCUGCCCUACAUGCUUGGAGACCAAGUUCUCCAAGUUCCCUUUCAACAGCACUACAGGACCAGCCAAGACCCCACUUGCACUUGUGCA